GCCAUUUUGUGUCCGGCAGAGCAGCAGCAGCAGCAGCAGACACCCAGACAGUCAGACACUCAGUCCGCUCAGAGAGGAGAAACCACUGGUGGAGAGACUUUCUCAGACAGAGGACAGGACGGGGAGGAAAGAGAAAACCCAGCCGGAUAAUGUGGAGUCGACAGAGGAAGGAAAACACCAACUAAACCCGGAGGAAACCUUGAAAGGAAGUUAAAGGAGCUGUCACAUUUUAACUCUUCAGCCUACAGAGAGAAGCUGGCAGGUUAGCUAGCUAGCUAACACCCAGCCAACCGCUUCUUGCAUCUCUUCCCAAGAAGAAACCACACCUGCCUCGGGCUUGUCACUUCCACAGAAACCUCUUAUAAACUUUAUAAACUCAAAAACAAUGUGGUGUUCAACUGUGGAUGACUUGUCACCUCCUCAAGGUGGUUUAACACACACUUUACCAACAAACCGCCAGUGAUUACAGCUAACUAUCCAAGCUGACGUGGAGGAGGAGGAAGUUUCCUUUUUCUGGGAGGGUUGAUGUUCUUCUGCUCCAAAGCUGUGAUUUAUUCUGGAUUACUUUUGGAUUUACUUUUUUAUAUAUAUAACCUAUAAGGUGGUGUCCUCAAAGAACUCAUCCAAGGUUACAAAACCCAACAAAACAUGUUUAUUUGUGGCCAGAAAGUAAUUUCCAGUGUUUACAAAUUCCACAGUGGGACUCUUUCCUGGUUUGAGUACUGCAACAUUAGCUAACACACACUAGCUCUGAUUAGUGUUGUGUUUACUUACAUAGAUAGAUAGAUAGUGGGACUUUACUGUUGCCAAAAACUCUCUAAAUCAGCUGUUUGAUUGUGGUUUUUUAAGCCAGUCUUGUACCUGUACCUGCAGUUUUUUUUGUUGCCACCAACCAAGUGAUCUGACAUUACUUGCACAGAUUUACCUGAAAAAGAAACAGUGGUUGAUCUUGAUAUUACUUGCACAGGUUUACCUGAAAAGAAACACAACUUAACUCUAAAUCAGCUCUUGAUUGUGUUUUUUUUAAGCCAGUCUUGUAUCUGUACCUGCAGUUUUUUUGUUGCCACCAGUCAGUCAAGUGAUCUGACAUCACUUGCAGAGGUUUACCUGAAAAAGGUAACACAACAGUGAGGUGAUCUUGACAUCACUUGCAGAGGUUUACCUGAAAAAGGUAACACAACAGUGAGGUGAUCUUGACAUUACUGCACUGGUUUACCUGCAAAAGAAACACAACAUUGAGGUGAUCUUGACAUUACUGCACAGAUUUACCUGAAAAGGUAACACAACAGUGAGGUGAUCUUGACAUUACUGCACUGGUUUACCUGCAAAAGAAACACAACAUUGAUGUGAUCUUGACAUUACUGCACAGAUUUACCUGAAAAGGUAACACAACAGUGAGGUGAUCUUGACAUUACUGCACAGGUUUACCUGGAAAAAAGGUAACACAACAGUGAGGUGCAAGUCUUUACCUCCCACUUGACAGUGAAGUCACGUUGAGUUGAUUGUGCUAUUUUAGCUGAUUGAGGAUAGAAGAGACACAGAGAGAGAGAGAAGAGAGAGAUGUCUGGACAAUCUAUCACGGAUCGGAUCGCAGCAGCUCAGCACAGCAUGACCGGCUCGGCUAUCAGCAAGGCUGUGUGCAAAGCCACCACGCAUGAAGUCAGUGGACCCAAGAAAAAACACCUUGACUAUCUGAUCCACUGCACCAAUGAGAUGAACGUGAGCAUUCCCCAGCUGGCGGACACGCUGUUUGAGCGCACGGCCAACUCCAGCUGGGUGGUGGUCUUCAAAGCCCUCAUCACCACCCACCACCUCAUGAUGUACGGCAACGAGCGUUUAAUCCAGUACCUGGCCUCCAGAAACACUCUGUUUAACCUGAACAACUUCCUGGAUAAGGGAGCUCUGCAAGGUUACGACAUGUCAACCUUCAUCAGACGAUACAGCCGUUACCUGAACGAGAAGGCCAUGUCCUACAGGCUGGUGGCGGUGGAUUUCACCAAGAUGAAGAGGGGCAUUGACGGCGUGAUGCGCACCAUGAGCACAGAGAAGCUGAUCAAGACGCUGCCCAUCAUUCAGAACCAGCUGGAUGCUCUGCUGGAUUUCCAGGCCAACCCUAACGAGCUGACCAACGGAGUGAUCAACUCAGCCUUCAUGCUGCUCUUCAAAGACUCCAUCAGGCUGUUUGCUGCUUACAAUGAAGGGGUCAUCAACCUAUUGGAGAAAUACUUUGACAUGAAGAAGACCCAGUGCAAAGACGCUCUGGACAUCUACAAGAAAUUUCUUUACAGGAUGACGAAGCUGUCAGAGUUCCUCAAAGUGGCCGAGCAAGUUGGAAUAGAUCAGGGUGACAUCCCAGAUCUCUCGCAGAAAACAAAAGGAUCAUACAUUGCCCCCAGCAGCCUCCUGGAGGCUUUGGAGCAGCACUUGGCCUCUCUGGAGGGCAAGAAGACCAAGGAAUUGAAUGCAGACACCAGAGCGUCCACUCUGUCCAGCGCCGUCUCAUCUCUCUCCUCCACCGGCAUGUCCUUCAGCCGCAUGGACGAGAAGGAGAAGCAGCAGGCCCUGGAGGAGGAGCAGGCCAGACUGCAGGCUCUGAAGGACCAGCGCCUGAAGGAGAUGGGCAUGCAGACUCCUCCCUCUGCCUCCCCCAGCAGCCAGUCGAUAGGCAGCGCCAACAACAACCACAUCACACAAACCCCAGAGUUGUUCACCUCCACGCUGUCUGCCAGCAGUGUGCCCAAUCUGAACAGUGACCUGUUUGAUCUUCAGCCGGCCUUCAUCCCCGCUGUGCAGAGCACUCCUUCAAUCUCCACCGCCAACAGUGCCUGGGGAGGAUUGGAGAACCAGCCUCUGCAGCAGACCACCGCAGCCAUGACUGUAGAUUUCGAUGCCGUGUUUGGGAAUAAUGCCACGCCCAGUAACAAUGGCCCACAACCUGCAGCCGGUUUCGAUGCUCUAGACCUGUUGAAGCCUACGAUGCCCACACACACUGCACCUCUUCCUCCUCCUCAAAUGGCCAUCCAUCACGGAGGAAAGCUGCUAGCCAACGACCUCGACUCCUCUCUGGCCAACCUCGUGGGCAAUCUGCAGUUUGGUGGGACCCCAGCCAAGAACUCGUCCGUGUACAGGCCAGAGAUGCAGUGGAACCAGCCCGGUGAGAAGAAGCUGACGGGUGGCCACAACUGGCAGAAUAAGACCAUGUCGACCACACAGUGGGGCCCGGCGCCCAUGGCCCCACAGCCCAUGCCUGUACAACACGUGAAUGGAAUGUUCUAUACUAGUUAUGCUCCAGCUCCCAUGGCUUUUCCCAUGACCACACCGCAAGUGCCUGUGUAUGGAAUGGUGAGUGUUCCUCCUCAGAUGGGUCAGAUGGGCGGGGUACCAGUGAUGGGUCCUCAGCCAAUGAUGUACAACCAGCCUGUUCUCAGACCCACCAACCCCUUCGCACCCAUGCCCGGAGCCCAGGUCAGCUAUCCAGUACUUGUGCAUUCAUACACACAAAACGACAGCUUUGCCACUGAAAAGAUGCAGUUUAUGUAAUCCAGUCAAGGGGGAAGCAGAGUGCCAAAAGCGACAAACAAACAGCAGAAGAAAACACACAAGAAGAGGAACGAUCAGAUGGACGGAGGAAUGAUUUGAUCAAGCUAAAACGACUGAGACAGACAGACAGACGACAAGAUAACAAACCGACACCAAAAACCAAGUUGGAAAGAGGAGAGGAGAAGAUGACCGAACAGAGGAUGGAGGGAUCUGGUGUGGGGGAGAUGUCAUCCUGACUGGUCGUUGUCUGAAACAACUCCUUGCAUGUGUGUGAGUGUGUAGCUUCUUUCUGUUAUUCUGUCUACUUUGUUGAUUUAAAUCAUAUCGAUGGAGUGACGCUUCAGGAGAAGGGAAUAAGGAUGAGAGAGAAAGAUGUGAAGAAAGAUGGAGGAGGAGAGUGGAGGGGAUUGAGGAAAAUCCUACCUCUGGUUUUCAGACCGUGAGAGUCUCUGCUGCAGAAUUAGCUUUAUUUCAUACUGGUGCUAUUUUGUCCUCUCCGGGUUUCCAUCCGCCUGCAACGGCCACUUGGGAGCACUUGUGAGGGGACAAGUGUUUGUUUAGUGUGUGUGGAAGUAUGUGUUCUUGCACAGCAGUUGUUUCAGACAAUACCUUCGCAACCGACCUCCUCUUCACCCCCUUCGUUCGCUGUCUGUGUCCACAACUGUCCAAUCAGUGAGAGAUUUAGAGGCAAAUCUUCUCGGGUGUGUUUCCCGUAAUUUUCCGCUCUGUUGGGGGAUAUCUUUGUAUUUUUCAAAAUCUGUUUUUCUUCUGCAGCCUCUCCUGAAUGUUAUCGGGGCUUGUACAGCAAUUUGUUGAACCAUUUGUUAAAAGUAGUUGAGCAUUUUGUUGUUAUGGGUUUUUUAAGUCUUUGUUACUCAUACUGCAUUGUUUUCUUCUCCUAAAAGCUACAGAUACACACAGAGAGACGGGG